AUCAUUUCAAGAGUUUUGAUCUGAUUCGAUAUUGAGUCAGAUACUGUAUACAGUUCAUCGAAGCAUCAAUCUAGCAUGUCCUCCCGUCGUCGUAACCACACUCCCAACCACUCUUACGGGCAUUCAUCGACAUCCACGGCCCCAUACAGUCGUCUUACUCCGCGCCCUGGCAAUGGUCCUACCACUAUUACAUUAACCGUAUCUCCAACAGCUAUUGCUACAUGGCGGAGACGCUUGGAGCUUGCGAAGCAGCAGGGCGAUCAGCGUCAAAUUCAGCGGUUUGAGCGGAACAUCCAGUAUGCCGAACGUCCUCAGGAAAGGAUACUCAAUUAUAUCGGAAUGCCCUACACUCCUGGUGUUCACGGCCCUGCUCGAAGAAUUGCUUUGGAUCUUGACGGAUUCGACUUGGACUUUGUCUAUUGGGACUCGCGGUUGAUGGGAGAGAAAGUGGUUUUUAGCUGUACAGUCAUGCCGCACGAUCUCCCACCCACUGCUACCUACGACUGGCGGGAGCAUAACGUGAAGGUCUUUGCGAUUCACUUCUUGGAUCGUGAAGAAGAGGUUACAAGUGAUUACCUGAUGACUGCCAUGGCGGGACAACGGAUGCUUGUCAAGGUCCCAAUGCGCGAUUCAACUACGAAUUACGUGUCUCGACUUGUCAUAUUGCAGCCUGCAGUGGCUUCCUUAUCUGAGCCUAGAAUUGCCCGGUAUUAAAUGGUUAUCAUCGUUGGAGCUCACUCUCUUCAUUCGCUCAUAUGGUGUAUUCUCCUGAUUCGAUUCGAUUCCUUUGUCAGUGCUUUCCCUACGCUUUCUCCCGUUGAUAUAAUUUUCUUCGAAUGUAAUAUCUCAAUGGAACUUAAAAUCUGGUG